AUGUCUUACCGCGACACACAGCCCAAACCCGUCUUCUUCACAUUCUCAGAUACGAUAAUGGCUUCCAAAACGGCACUGGUUCUUAUUGAUGUCUACAAUGACUUCCUGCACCCCAACGGCAAGCUAUAUGGAGGGCUGGCGGAAUCUUUGAAAGAUUCCAACACAAUCGAGCAUCUCGAAGCCGUUCUUGAUGCGGCACGCAAGCACAACAUCCCAACCUUCUACUCCCUCCACCAGCAAUACCGCAAAGGCAAGUAUGCAGGCUUUGAACACCAAAAUGCCAUGCUGCAGAGUAUUCAGCAGAAUCAGGCUUUCGAAGAGGGUGCUUUCGGUUCCGAAGUUUUCAAAAGUCUCGCGCCAAACGUCGAGAAAGGAGACACGUUAAACGUCUCUCAAAAACAUCUCGCUGACUACGCGCCCGGUAGUUCCUUCGAGAACACUGAUCUUGACUGGUUGCUUCGCCAGCACAGUAUCACCCACCUAGUCUUUGCAGGCUUAGUGGUCAAUUCCUGCAUUGAAACAACCGCAAGGGAAGCCAACGAACGUGGGUACAACAUCACGAUGCUGUCUGAUGCAACUGCCGGCUGGUCGACGGAGGGAAAGAACGCGUCGGUACAGCACAGCUGGCCUGCCUUUGCAAGUCAGAUUCUCGAAACUAGGAAGUGGAUUGAGACUUUGUGA